AAGGCGUCAGCUGUACGUAGCCAUAACAACUGAACCCGGAAGUGCCAUUCCCGUAUACACACACGUGUACGUGUAUAUAUUUGUGUGAUGAUUGCGAAGGUAAACAACUUUGUCGAGCGACCAAGGCUAAGCCUGACUUUACUAGAUAUCGCCUUGUUUGCAAUAAAGAAAACCUCAAUAACAAAACUUAGUUUAGUAUUUUACGUUAUACCAUAUCCUGAAUAAAGCGAAAUUGACGUUGUUUGUUGGCCGUCUCGAUAUCAUCUCAUUUUCCAGUGUAAAUUUACAAAUUAUUGAGAUAUCAUGGCUUCCGAAGACGAAGUGGCUUUUCGCUCGAUGGUCCGCGCCUCGGGUCUCGGGGAGGUAUGGACCCACACCACCGAUCUGGAGAAGUUCCAGCAGUAUGGUUGGAGGACCACCAAUAAAGAGGAUUGUUAUACUCCUGAUACACUGAUAGGAAACUGGAAUGAAGAGAGAUUUGAUAUCAAGAGAAGACGAGUACCAAAGAGCUUGCCAUCACAGUAUGACCAUUAUUUUGAUACAACCCAGAAGGCAUCUUACGUCAGUGACCCAAAACCAGUCCCCCAAAAUAUCCUCCAUUUAGCAGCUCGUGAACCUAGAGCCUUCUCCGCCUCUCAGCCGGAAUUAGACCCACCAACGGUGAAAGAACGAUAUAAUUCAUUUGAGACGACAUCAAGAGCGUCGUACGUCGACCCAAAAAUAAGGAGAAAUCCUGUUCGUCAAGUGGAAGCUAGCCAAUGAGAAUGCAUAUUUUACUAAGAUGCUGAAUAUUUUUUGGGAUAUACUGAACUUAUUCAUAAUUUGAUGGGAAACUGUGAAUCAAAUGUUUGACUGGGCAGAUGAGAAAUGAAUUAAUUUGCAGAACACAGCUAUGAUGAGCAUCAAGGCCAAAUGCACCAUCAGUUCAAAUAAGGUUUUAUACUCACAAAACGUCAACCUACAUGUCAUCACCCAAGUUAUAUGAACUUUUCAGACCAGGGAUCAGUGUUUCAUGAAAAGUUUAGUGAUUUUCACCGACAGUUGUUUUAAGCUACUGAAUUCCUUGCAUCUGAUUGGCUGAUAGCAAAUAAGUCAGUGAAAAUAAAAAAACUUUUCAUGAAAAGUUUCCCAGAUUAAUUAAACUCAAAUUUGUGUUCCUGUAUUAAGAGGUACAUGUACCAUGUUUGCAGAGUAAGCUGAAUGAUGAGUGAUUUACUAUAUUUCAGUAUUAUUUUGUCCCUGAAUUGAUUUAUUUAUUUUGUACAGUGCCUUUAAUCAUUUAGACCCCAACUUCCCAUUCACCCUUUCUUUUACCCAUGUAUUCAUAUUUAAAUAUACAUGUAUCUUAAGGAAGUCUAUUAUGACUUUUAUUUGAUCAUAAACACCAGAAAUCAUGCAAGACGAUUCCAAUCGAUGCAUUAAGAGCCAUUUUAGAUGUGUGUUUUUUUGUCUAUGAACAAAGUUUGUUUCAUUUUUUAAAAUUAUUUUUAUCUAUACUUUUUUAAACAAAAUCUGUGAUCAUAGCUGUGUUGUAUUAAUAUAUCCUGUUUUCCAAAUCAUCCCAUAUUUGUUUCAGCAAUGUUUUUCUUUUCUAGCUAUUUAAGACAAUGACCAUGAAUGGUCAUCAAAUUCAGAUGGAAAGUACUGAAAGUAUAUUUUUAAGUUACACUUUAACGUGAAAUCAGAGAGCCACAUAUCAUUUUGUUUGUCUAUUUUCAUAUGAAAUUUCCCAUAUUUGAUUUUUUAUAUUUGAUAACAAAGAUCCCAUCCACAUCACUCUGUGUUGUGCGUACCUGUUUCAAAUGCAAAAGCUAAAAAAUAUACUUUCUUAAUUUACAUCUGAUUUGAAUGGAAUUUACUGUCAGUGUUACGUUUAUUUUAUUUUUCUCUUUUUUAAUCAAAUACCACUUUUUGUCGUGGAUUUUAUGCAAUGUGAAUUUCAUGGUCACUGCAGUGUAGGUAAAGAAUAUUUAAUCAAAGAAAAUCAUGUAGAGUAAUUUUCUAUAUCUUUUUUAUACAAAUCUUUUGAACUCUUUAAACUAUCCAGUAUAUUUACCAGCCCAGAAUAAAGUCACUGCAAAAGAUCAAAUAUUAAUAUGAUUAGAGUGCGAAAUUAAAUGUAUGUCAUCAUUGUAACCAAACAAUAUUCAUUUAGCCAUUUCUUUUGUGUAUUAUACAUUUCGGACAUUAAUAUUUUGUAACAGAUCCCUUUCCAGUUGUGAUGAAUACUUGAGACAUUUGAUUUAUAUUGCAUAUCUGUACUUCUCUUUCUCGUCUGUUCAUAAGAAACAGUUCCUCUUCAAAAUGAAUGAUUUUAGAAUAGUUUAAAUAUAUUCAAAAUCUUACUUAGAUUAAAAGCUAUUUUCCUGAAAUAAUAAUUCAUGCAAUGUUAUUAAAAGCAAACGUAUAAGAUAGGCCAGAAAUGAUUUGCCUUUAAAAGUAACUUCCUUUUGAAGUGGUGAAUUUUUGUUCCUUUUCUUGUGGAAAAUUCUGUUCCAACUUUUAAUAUGAAAUCCUGGAUCUGUAUUCUGCCACUACAUGUAUAUUUGUAGUUGUAUGCGAAAUUAAGUAAUAUCUUUAAAAAAAACAGUCCUUUGAAACCUUUGCAAAAAACACAAGGAAUGAUAUAUUACAAUUGGAGUAUCAUAUAUCUUUUUCUAGCUGCCGAGAUCACGAUGUUGAAAUCACCUUGAUAAAUUGUAAUCAAUUAAUGUUUUUAAAUUUGAUGUGUGCAUGUUUACAUUAUGUAUGUGUUAAUGUAUGGGUAUACUGAAUGUCUCGAUGUGAUAUAUGUAUCUAUGCUAAUGUUGAAUAUUGUGUAUGAUUUAUAUGAAUUGUAUUCAAAGUAAUGGAAUUAUCAUUGAACAAGGUAUAUCAUGAACCUGCAAUUGAUCAAUAAACUCUGUAUUUUGAAAUUUAAGAAAA